AUGGUGGUGAUGAAGAUGAAGUUCCCCUUUGAGAAAAGGGUGAAGCUCGCCCAGGGACUGUGGCUCCUGUCCUGGUGUGCCACAGUCGCCGGGGCCACCACCUUCACCCUGGGGUGCGUCCUGAAGACGGAGCUCCGCAGGAGGGCAGAGGUAAUGGACAACACAGACGUACAUAUUGUGCCCAACACCCUCAUGAUUGUCGGUCUGGCCUCCUUGGGGAUCAACUACUUCGCAUCAAAGAUCUGUCAGGAUGCGCUGGACGCCGGGCGAUUUCCUCGCUGGAAGAACUUCCUGAAGCCCUACUUUGCCGUCUCCUGCUUCUUCACCGUGCUCAUGCUGCUCGCUGUCAUCAUGAGCUACGCCAUGAAGGGCAGCCUGGAGUCGUCCCUGAAGGUUGGCCUGAGGAACGGCAUCCGCUUCUACAAGGACACGGACACCCCCGGCCGCUGCUUCCAGAAGCAGAACAUCGACCGCCUGCAGAUGGAGUUUCAGUGCUGUGGAAACAAUGACUUCAGGGACUGGUUUGAGGUCCAGUGGAUCAGCAACCGCUACUUAGAUUUCAGCACUAAGGAAGUGAAAGACCGCGUCAAGAGCAACGUGGACGGACGUUACUUGGUGGAUGGAGUCCCGUUCAGCUGCUGCAACCCCAGCUCCCCGCGACCAUGCAUCCAGUAUAAGCUCACCAACAACUCCGCUCACUACAACUAUGAAUACCAAACCGAGGAGCUCAACAUCUACCUCCGAGGCUGCAGGGAGGCCCUGGUCAACUACUACAUGAGCCUGAUGAACACCAUUGGGGCCGGAGUGCUGUCCAUCUUCAUCCUGCAGGGCUCCGUGCUGGUGAGCUUGCGGUUCCUGCAGACCGCCAUGGAGGCCGUGGCCGGGAAGGAAAACACCGAGAUCGAGACGGAGGGCUACUUGCUGGAGAAAGGGGUGAAGGACACCAUCAUGGAGGUGAGGUCGACAGUCUGGGAUGUUGUGUACUCCCAGAUGUCCCCCAGUUUCUGAACACGUGGUGGCGCUGGUGCACAGUGAGACCUGUGCUAAAUAAGACUGAUUACUGGUUUAUCAGAACAUGACUAAAGGGAAGAAUGACGUGACACUUCCGAGUGAGGCAUGUUGUUGUUGUCUCAGCCGUCAGCCAUACCUGAAGCAGUAACUAAACCUUUAUUUGACGGUUUAUGAGGCUGGUGCAAAAGUAUUACACACAUUUAUAACUAUUGAGCACCACAUACACCUACACCCAUUUGCUG